AUGUUCCUGAUAACGUUUGCUGACAUUCUGAUAACAUACUCGGCGGCAACGGGUCGUGACGUCACGGCUUGUUAUGAUAAGUCAUGUGGCACCAGACAACCACAGCUCGGUCAGCCCGGCCCGGCCGAGAUGAGGAACUUUAAGGAAUAUGACCGUCAAUCUAACGUCACCUCUGGUCAAGUGACGUCACACGACGCCGCGGCUCCAGCGCGGACCGGCGAGGGGUCUCUUAGUAACAUCGUACAAAAAAAUAACAAAUAA